AUGACUUUCGCUUGGUGCGUUCGUAGGUUAGCUUCCGCUUGUGCUGGUCGUGUUGGUCGAGUCCGGUCCAUCUCCGCCGUUGUUAACCGUCCCUCUCUUGCUCGCAACCCAUUUCCGCAGCGUCCUUUCGUCCCUAGUGGCUUUCUUUACUCGACGGCCAUUGAUCGAAUGAGCUCUGAGCAAACGCUUCUCCGGUUGAUUAACUCCGAGAUCAACUCUGCUCGGGAUAUCGAUGAUCGCGAUUUGGAUGAAGAGAGUGCUCCAGGAAGCUUUCCUUUCAAGAUUGAAGACAAUCCUGGGAAACAGACUGUGACAUUGACUAGAGACUACAAGGGGGAACAUGUUAAAGUUGUAGUAAGCAUGCCUAGUCUUGACGCUGAUGAUAAUGAGGAUGAUGAUGAGGAUGAUGAUGAUGAUGGUCGUAGUAAUGAAUCGAGUAUUCCGCUAGAUGUGACUGUUACCAAGAAGAGUGGACUCAGCCUAGAGUUUAGCUGCGUGGCUUUUCCCGAUGAGAUUGCCAUUGAUGCUUUGUCUGUAAACCAUCCGGGGGAUUAUUUGGAGGAUAAAUUGGCGAACGAAGGGCCUGAUUUUGAAGACUUGGACGAGAAUCUGAAGAAGGCAUUCUACAAGUAUCUGGAGAUCAGAGGAGUGAAAGCAAGCACAACUAAUUUCUUGCACGAGUACAUGGUGAGGAAAUCGAAGCGAGAGUACUUGCUGUGGUUGAAGAAUGUUCAGAAGUUUAUGGAAGAAUGA